GUAUUAAAUGAAGAGUGUGAUCAGAACUGGUACAAGGCAGAGCUAAACGGGAAAGACGGCUUCAUCCCCAAGAAUUACAUAGAGAUGAAAGCUCAUCCGUGGUUCUUCGGGAAGAUUCCUCGGGCCAAAGCGGAGGAGAUGCUCAACAAACAGAGGCACGACGGAGCCUUCCUCAUCAGAGAGAGCGAGAGUGCACCAGGAGACUUCUCCCUCUCUGUGAAGUUUGGAAACGACGUCCAGCACUUCAAGGUUCUCCGCGACGGCGCCGGAAAGUAUUUCCUGUGGGUGGUGAAGUUUAACUCCCUCAACGAGCUGGUGGACUACCACCGCUCCACCUCGGUCUCUCGCAAUCAGCAAAUCUUCCUGCGAGACAUCGAGCAGGUCCCCCAGCAUCCAACAUACGUGCAGGCGCUCUUUGACUUCGACCCGCAGGAGGAAGGGGAGCUGGGUUUCCGACGCGGCGACUUCAUCCAAGUUUUGGACAACUCUGACCCCAACUGGUGGAAAGGAGGCUGCCACGGGCAAACGGGCAUGUUCCCCCGCAACUACGUCACGCCUGUCAACCGGAACAUGUAAACAGACCAUUCAAACAACAACAACAACAACAACAACAACAACCACAACAGCAACCACCACCACCACCACCACCAUCAUCAUCCUUCUCGAUCUCAUCAGCCCCCAUCCAACCCUCCAAAAAAAACUAAAAAAAACACACCACCCCUCCACCCUCCUCGCCAUCCCGCGAUAACAGGAGCAGACAGGAAGAAGGCGAACAACCGAAAGAGGUAAAGCAGGAGUAGUGCUGUCGUAGGCGUCGCUGUGUGGGUGGCAGCUGAAGCAAAAAAAAAAAAAUCAACUCUUACCUGCGCUGAGAGCGUUCACCUCGCCAGUGAAACGCCUCGGCGAGGAUUGAACCGUCUUUGAGGGAAAUCUAAAAAUGCAGAGAAACUAAAGAGUAGUGCAACCAAGCGUGAAGAUAACCAAAUGAUUCUACCGCUCCCCACAGCUGCUUCUCUCCUCUCCCUAACUUCUUAACAUUCUGCCUUUUCUUUUGUCUUUUUUUGUUUUUCUUCUUUGCCGCAUGUUGUUUUUUAAUCACCUAAAUGAUGAAAUGCCUACCGAUAAAUCCUAACUCUGUUUUAAAGAAAAAAAAAAGUUAAAAUAUGAAAAAAAAGAAGAAGAAGAAAUGGUUAAAAAAAAAAAUGUACAAAAAAGACGAGAGAGAGGAAAACAUGAUGCAAUCUACCGUACAGCGAGUUUCCAUGAGAUCUUUGAACACGUGAGCAGUGUACAUCGGCCGCCGGCUGUAUAAAUAAAUCAACUAUAGAGAGAAUCCAUUUUUAAGAAUAUA